GUCUUCCUCUUCCACAUGAAUGACAAUUUAGCAAUCAUCGCUCUCUCUUUUUCCGCGGCAAUUGGUGUACUACUUGUCGUUCUUGGGUGUGCUUUGGAAGAAUACGGGGUAUGGUGGCCUUUGUUUGUGUUGUUUUUUUACGCCCUAGCCCCAAUACCAACUGUCAUUGCCAAAAGAUUUUGUGAAGAUUUUUCGUCCAAUGCUGCCAGUGUUGUUAAAGAAAUUGCAAUGUUUUUCACUGCUGGAAUUGUUGUCUCAGGGUUUGGUCUUCCAAUAGUUCUUGCACAUACUGAAAUUAUAAAAUGGGGAGCUAUGGCAUUGGUGUCAUCUGGAAACGUCUUCAUCUUUGUAACAAUUCUGAUUUAUUUUAUUGUUUUCUCUGGUGAAGAUGACUGGGGCUUUUGAAGAGACACCAGUUGUACACUUCUCAUUUUUUUUUUUAAGUGUAUAAAGUAUUGCAAUUAUCAUUUUGUACAGAAUGAUUGAGGUUUGUGAACAAUUUAACUUUUUGUGAUAACAUCAGAACCAUAUGCUGAGAUGUUUCAGGCCCUCAAAAGGGAACUUCCAAAUUAGAAUUGGAUGUACAGUUUUUGUUAAAAUUGACAGAAGCAAGUGGGCUUCUGAUGAGAGAAUUAGAAGAUUAUUUAGUGUAACCUGGUUCUUUAAAGGGAGGAAAAGGGAAGACUUUAAGUUUAUGUGACACCCACAAAAUAAGCGAUGGAGUCCCUGACAAAAAAUUAAUCAUAUUGCCCUCCCAGUUUUCUCAUUAGGUCAUGGGAGUGAAAUUUCUGGGCACGUAUGCUAUAUAUAAUAAGUGAUAGGUUUCCUUUGAAGUGGAAAAAGUGCUCAAAUUAUGCUAAAUUUUAAAAGCUUACUUUUAAGGGAUUAACUGUAAUGAUUGUAUAAUACAGUACCAUUAAAUGAAAGUUUUCAGGACAAAUCUGUUUCAAUUUG